UCUAGAUAAUGCAAUUAAGAUAAGUAUUAUUUUUAAUCCUUUUUGUACAAGUUAUGUUGUGAAAAUGACAUUCUGGAGUCAUUGCAGAUUCCAAGGUGAUCAUCCAACUAUUAUUUUUAUGAUAUUUGAUAUCUGUGAUAAACCUAGGCAUGAGUUUAUAAAAUGGUUACAAGAUCAAAAGUUAAUUGCUUCCCAUUAUGAGUGUGUUAAUUGUAAGAAGCCUAUGGCUUUAACUGAAGAUAAAACCACAAGUGAUAGGCUUGUGUGGAAAUGUUCUACAAUGGAGGGAUCAAGGCAUACUGUGAAACGCUCAAUCCGGAGAGGUUCAUGGUUUGAGCAUUCUAGCUUUUCUCUUCAAGAUGUUCUCCUAUUGACUUACUAUUGGUAUAGAGAAUACCCUCACAGAACAGUGCAAUAUGAACUUCAAACUAGUUCUGCUCGUAUAAUCCUGGAUUGGUAUAAUUUCUGUAAAGGUGCUUGUGUUGAUAUCCUCUUAAGCCGCAGCACUCCGAUUGGUGGACAUGGGAUUAAGAUUGAGCUGUAUGAAAGUAAGUUUUGGAAACGAAACCAUGGGGAAGAUAACAGGGUUGUAAACCAAUGGAUUUUUUGUGGACUGGAAAAAGACACAACUAGUUGUUUCUUAGUGACUGUAAGUGACAGAUCUCCCAAAACCAUCGUGAAGAUACUGAAACAGUACGUCCUGCCAGGUUCGAUUAUUUACAGUGACAUUUGGAAGGACGGUACCAUUGAGCAGGAUGUACACCAACACAUUUCUGUGCAUCAUGACAUCACUUUCAGGGACAUGGAAAAUGGAGGUGUGGGCAACACAACUGAAGGCAUAUGGACCAUGAUCAAACGGCAAUUCCCUGCAGCCAGAAGGAGUAAAGCUUUGUUUGACGGAUUCAUCGGGGAAUUCAUGUAUAGAAGGAUACUGAAUGAAGCUCAGGAUGGGUAUCUUCAGUUGUUAAAUGAUAUCACCCGAGUCUACAAACCAGCAACAAGUGGUUAAUUCAGCUCCGAAACAUAAGCAGAAUCCUCGUGUUAAUAAGAUGUACACAGAAUAAUGAAAACCUCAAGAUCUAAAAUGGAACCGUACCGUAAUUGGUAUUGUAUAUAUGACUAUAAUAAGCUUAAGAUUUGGUUUGCGUUUACUACUAAAAUAACACGAACAAAUUGGUCCAGAAUCCAUGUAAACAAUGUAUUGUAACGUGUUAAAAGUACCAUGUUAAAGUUGACUUUCGUGUAAAGAGUAGGCAAUAGCGUUUUUGACUCAUGAAGUGCAAUUGUUUCUGUAAUGUAAAAUAUCAUUAAUCAAGGUUGUAUUUGUAAUUAGUUUGAAGUAGGCCAAUACAAAACUGUAAUAUUACAAACUCAUCUAAAGAGUAUAAAGACAGGUUCCUUAAAUAUUCCGUUAGACAUUUAAAAAAAAUAUUGGGUUUUUCUUUUUUAAAUUUUUUAAGGAAUGAAUUUCAUAAUGCAUUCCUGCAUUGUGAGUCUUUUUUCACCUCCAUUUAUGAUUUCCAAUUACAUCCUUUUUCUUAUGUGUAGGCCUAUUGUUGAUAUAAUUAGCCUAUUUACUUUAAUUGGCAGAUUGAAAUUUUUUUUAUUGUAAAACAAAACCGUCAAGAACAUUUAACCAUUAAUAGUGAGGAUUUUUAAAUGUUUAAAGUGUUAUUUUGCUGAAUCAUCGUUGUUUAUUUUUAACAUAGCUCUGAUCGACUGCUUCUGUAUUGUCAAAAUUUGGUCUGAAACAUUAACGUAUUGUGGAACAUUAGAUAUUGAUGAUAAACCUACAGCAUAAUAUUUUACCAAGUAAAAUUAAAUUGCAAGUCUAAAUGUGAAGAUAAGUUAUUGCAAAUUAGGCUCCAAGUUAAAGUAGCCUACAGUAUUAGUUUUAACAAAGUUAUAAAUUAGAGAAAUUGUAUAACCUUAAUUUAUCUGUUAGAACUCUUUUGUUGGGUUUACCAUUAUUUUAUUUUAUUAACAUUUAAUCUUAUUUUUAUAGGUAUACAAA